AUGCAAGACAAGAGUCAGGUUAUCAAUAAAUCUUCCGAAAAUAAAGAGCUGUUUAUAUCGUACAGUUCCUCAAGCCGAGUUCUUGAUCUGACUUUUUCUGGUGCUUGUAUAUUCAAUCAAACGUUCAAAUCAUGGGACCUCGACAGGGGCUGCUAUAACAUCUACAAAGCUCUUCUGUUAUCUGAAACAGGUCUUCAUUAUGCUCACAGUCAUGUCUACUUUCAAGACAACAAGAUUGUAAAAACGAUAGUUGCUCCUUGUCUCGACAGUUAUGGGUACAACUUAACGACCGGUGUACUGUACAAUAUCCGUGGGAUUAUAACCCGGGACAACACAUGUGGCACUGCAUGGGAGUUCAACCCACUCCUAGCGGUUCGAACGGAGAGCACAAAACCAGAGGCGACGAGGGAUGGUUUUUGGGUCAAGGGAAGUGGAAAAGUAAGGUUGGUGUCAAAAGUGACCAUUCCAGCGAUAACAGAAGGGUCCUAUCAUCAAAUCUUAGUCAACCAUCAGCCAAAAAUCCGAAUAAUCUUACCGAGCAGCUCACUUAAUAUUGGCCCCGAUACCGAAGAAUUGGUUGGACAGACACUGGAGUUCUGCGGACGGUUCAUUGGGGAAGAAAUUGAAUCAGGAGUUAUAAAGUUAAUGGUUGAAUGA